AUGUCUCAACACUCGCAAAAUGACGCUUCUGGUGUCCUCGCUCAGCCCUCGCUGUCUUUCACCCAGGGCUUCAUACUCGGGCAGCUCUCCAUUGUGCUUUUGAUUGGAGCUUUUAUCAAGUUUUUCAUCUUCGGAGAAGCUCCAGUGCCGCCCUCUCGCGGGCUCGCCAGUCGCACCGCAGCCCACCGUCGAUCGUACUCAAUUAACCAGGCCGACAAUAGCGGUGUCAGUCCGAGAACGCUGCGAGAAAAACCGUCGACGUCGAAUGUACUGCGCCCGGUGCCUGCGUCGGCAACCAACACGCUCUCGAUCCUGAGGAAAACGUAUUACAAUGCCGUCCCUCCGCAGUUCUCGACCAAGCAUGGGCGAAAUAGGAUACAGCAUUCUACGCAUCAACCGGAGUCGCUGGAUUGGUUUAAUGUGAUAAUCGCGCAGACACUUGCCCAGUACCGACAGACUGCGUACCUUCUCAAAGACUCGCCGACGUCUUCGGUUUUAGACUCGCUCUCGGCCGCGAUCAACGACCCCGACAAGAAGCCAUCCUUUAUCGAUACAAUUAAAGUUACAGAUAUAUCGCUAGGCGAGGAAUUCCCGAUCUUCAGCAAUUGCCGGGUUAUUGCCGUGGACGAUCCAACCUCCGAUGGGGGGAGGUUGCAGGCGCUGAUGGACGUGGAUCUUAGCGAUGACAAUCUCUCACUUGCCAUUGAGACUUCAUUGAUACUUAAUUACCCAAAACCCCGCUCUGCAGUGCUCCCCGUCGCUCUGUCUGUCUCUGUUGUUCGUUUCUCCGGAACACUUUGCAUUUCUCUCAUUCCUGCCAACGCGUCAGCUUCGUCGCAAGGGCCCGCCUCAGCCCCAGAUACAACUCCAUUAGGAGCGCGAUCGCUCUUUCAGCAAAUCAUUCCCGAAGCGAGUGAGCCGGCCGAAAACACGUCACCAGAAUCUCCCAAAACGGGAGUCCCAAAAACCAAUCUUGCAUUCUCAUUCCUACCAGACUACCGGCUAGAUCUAUCUGUCAGAUCAUUGAUUGGCUCAAAAAGUAGACUCCAGGAUGUCCCCAAGGUGGCACAGCUAGUGGAGGCUCGCAUCCAGUCCUGGUUUGAAGAGCGCGUCGUCGAGCCUAGAGUACAGGUUGUCGGGCUUCCAGACUUUUGGCCACGGAUGGGCCGGACUGGUGUUCGGGAGGAUGGCGAUACGGCCACCACAAAUACGGCUGCUUCGUCCCGAGCUGGCCAAUCCAGGACAGCCGAUGUGGCUGGGUCUGAGGAAGCCAUCAUUGAAAGCGACACGGAGCAAGAGGGACUGCGUUUUCGCGGGCCAUCGAGGUAUGAGUCUGCGCGGGCGGACGAUAUCCCACGAGCCAGUGGUGUAUAUGGAGAGGAAUCGGAUGCCCGCAGGCCUGUUAAUCUUACAAGCAGCCAAAGCUACGACAUACCAGGCUCAAUGCCCGGUUCGGCGCUGUGA